AUGCCAUGCCGCCCAGGAAUAUCCUCCAUGUCUCUAGGUCGGUGUUAUUCUGGCCAUCCGCUCUCGCACAAACUCGCCAUGGCCUCAAAAUACGGCCUUCAAGGCAUUGAAAUCUUCUACGAAGACCUUACGGACCAAGCAAAAUCGCAAAAACCUACGAAUCUGUUCCCUGCUGCCCGCUACGUUCGUUCGCUCUGCUCCUCACUCAACCUCGAAAUAAUAUGUCUCCAGCCAUUCAUGCACUACGAGGGCCUUCUUGAUCGAGCCAGACACAACGAAAGGAUCGAAGAAGUAAAGCUCUGGAUUGAGAUCGCGAAGGUGCUAGGGACGGACACGAUCCAAGUCCCUUCAUCUUUCCUUUCCAAAAACCAAAUAUCCCCAGACACCAACCUGAUGGUCUCCGACCUCCGUGAACUCGCAGACCUGGGCCUCCAACACACCCCUACUAUCAAGUUCGCCUAUGAAAGUCUCUGCUGGGGGACCUACGUCGACAAGUGGGAACAAUGCUGGUCCAUAGUAACCCUUGUCGACCGCCCAAACUUUGGUAUCUGUCUCGACAGCUUCAACAUCCUGGGUCGGAUAUAUGCAGACCCAGCUUCCCCAUCUGGCGUGAAUCCCAACGCUACCCAGGAGGUAAAGGACUCGAUGAAAAGAUUAACGCAGCAGCUUAAAUCGCAUAAAGAUAAAAUCUUCUUUAUCCAGAUCGUGGACGCGGAAAGGCUUCAAGAACCGCUUGUGCAGGGCCAUAGGUUCUACAAGGAAGAGCAGCCAGCGAGGAUGAGCUGGAGUCGAAACUGCCGGCUUUUUUAUGGAGAGAGGGACCAGGGGGGCUAUCUCCCAGUCCGCGAGGUCGCAGAGGCGAUUAUUAAAGAUAUAGGAUAUGAUGGGUGGGUUAGCAUGGAGUUGUUCAAUCGCGCAAUGGAACGGACGGAUGAGGGCGUGGUUGAGGAAUUAGCAUCGAGAGCGGCGAAGGGAUGGGGGAGGCUCGUUGCGGACCUCGAUUUGGAAGUGGCGGUGUCGCUACCAGUGAAGAGGGCGGGAAACGUGGAAAAAGUGGGGGUGCAGCAGAAUUUUGAUGCUGUGGAGGUUGCGAGAUUGUAA